AUGGAUGCCGCGUCUGCCCUAUCGAGGGGGUCCCUUGAUGUCAUCUUCAACGACAUCGACAAAGCAGCGAAGCUCUUCCCCGUUCCUGUUAUGCAAUGCCUCCAAGUCAAGCCUAUGGGUGCUUCGGCUACUGGAGGCGAACGAUACAGACUGGUCAUGAGCGACGGCGACCACUAUGUUCAGGCCAUGCUUGCAACGCAGGCAAACCACGUCAUUCACGAGGGAAAGCUUGUACGAGGUAGUUUCGCUCGUGUCAAACAGUAUAACCCUCAGAACUUGAAGGGAAAGAACAUUCUCGUCAUCCUCGACCUCGAGGUCAUUGAAUCCCUGGGCGUGCAAGAAAAGAUUGGCAGCCCAACGGCUGUCGAGACCAAUGAUGCCAAAGAACAAACCAUCGCUAGCAACGACUUUUACGGAACUAAGAAGGAAGAGAGCAAGCCGCAGGCUAUGCCUUCAAGGCCAGCGGUUCACGACGGCGGCAACAUCUAUCCUAUCGAAGGUCUCUCACCCUUCCAGCACAAGUGGACGAUCAAGGCGCGAGUCACAAUGAAGUCGGAUAUCAAGACAUGGCAUAAGCCCACAGGAGAGGGCAAGCUCUUCAGUGUGAACCUUCUCGACGAGAGUGGUGAGAUCAAAGCCACUGGAUUCAACGACCAGUGCGACGCGUUUUAUGACCUCCUGCAAGAAGGUUCCGUCUACUACAUUUCCAGCCCCUGUCGAGUGAAUCUGGCAAAGAAGCAGUUCUCCAAUCUACCAAACGAUUACGAAAUCACAUUCGAGCGAGAUACGAGAAUCGAAAAGGCCGAGGAUCAGACGAAUGUGCCCCAGGUCCGGUUCAACUUCUGCACGAUCCAGGAGCUACAAAAUGUCGAAAAGGACAACACUGUUGACGUCAUUGGCGUUUUGAAGGACGUUGGCGAAGUCAGCGAAAUCACCUCCAAGGCGUCUGGCAAGCCCUUCCAGAAGCGAGAGCUCACUCUGGUUGAUGACACGGGCUACUCUGUGCGCGUAACCGUCUGGGGUAAAACCGCCAACUCGUUCGACGCCAACCCCGAAUCCGUAGUCGCCUUCAAGGGCACCAAGGUGUCCGACUUUGGCGGCAAGAGCCUCAGCCUCCUGUCGUCUGGCACCAUGACGGUCGACCCCGACAUCCCCGACGCCCACCGCCUCAAGGGCUGGUACGACUCCUCCGGGCGGACGGACAACUUCGCCACGCACCAAAAUAUGGCGAGCAUGGGCAAUGCCGGGGGCCGCGCAAACGAGAACAAGACCAUUGCCCAGGUCAAGGAGGAGAAUCUCGGCAUGGACGCCCCCGCCUACUACUCCAUCAAGGCCACCAUCGUCUUUGUCAAACAAGAAAACUUCUGCUACCCCGCCUGCUCCAAGGAGGGCUGCAACAAGAAGGUGGUCGAGACCGGGGAUGGAUGGUACUGCGAGAAGUGCAGCGUGUCCCACGAGCGCCCUGAUUACCGGUACAUCGUGUCGCUCAACGUAGCAGACCACACGAGCCACCAAUGGCUCAACUGCUUCAACGAGACGGGCGAAGCCAUCUUUGGCAUGUCGGCCAACCAGCUUAUGGAGCUCAAGGACAACGACGAUGCCAAGUUCAUGGCGGCGUUUGAGGCCGUGAAUUGCAAGAAGUUGAAUUUCAGGUGUAGAGCGAAGAUGGAUAACUUUGGCGAUACGCAGAGGGUCCGAUAUCAAAUAAUGAGCGCAGCGUUCUUGGAUUUCAAGAGCGAGGGCAACAAGUUGGCCGAGUUGAUCAAGCAGUAUGACAUGAAUGCCUGA